AUGUCUUCGAUGAAUGAUACAAGUUUACCAAUAACCGGCAUUUGUCUUGUUUCAAAACCGGAUAAUGUACCAACGGGUUAUGAAUGCAUUCGAAAAGUUUACGGUGAACCGUCACGUGAUGCUGAUCUAAUGGCUGAUUCUAUGCUCGAACGUAAAGAUCGUUUUCUUUGUAUUACACGCAUAUUUCCAUUAGCUGGUAAUAAAGCAUUUGUUUUGGAAGAUGUUAAAAUUAUUAAUGAACGUGAUGUUCCACCGCAAAAUUACACUCCAUUAAAUGAAACAAUAGAUACACGAGCUAAAGGUACAUCUAAACGUACAAUAUGCGUUAGACUAGCUGAGCGACAAGCCGGUAUGAAAUGUGUAUGUGACAUUAUAUUUCUUUAUCGUCAGAAGCGACCACCACAAUUUUAUACGUUAAUUGGUGAUAUCAAUGGUUUUCAAAUGUGCACUAAAGAAGGAACUGUUCCACCUUUCCGAGCUAUACCACCACCACCGUCGAAUAUUUAUCCUAAUCCGACACACCAUCAGCCCUAUGCUCAAACUCAGAGACAAAAUUCUAAAGAUGACUAUGCAAAUAUGUAUACAUUAGGGAAGAAAAGUGAAGAAAAAGACAUACUUGACGGUAUUCCAUUUACCAUCAAUCCAAUAUAUUUAGCCGGAAAUCGUAACAGUGCUAAUGAUUUAUCUGGCUUAGAUUCAUAUCGAAUUCUUUCAGCUUAUGACAUUGAACAAUAUUAUCCUUAUGAUUUUCAUCUCGAACGCCAUUCACUUUCUUCACUUUAA